GACCUGCCGGUUCGGGGCCCCUCUGAGACUUCUGAAUCCUUUGUAUUCCUGAAUGUAAAGGGGAGCUUGGAAGGGGCAAUUCCGGGGCGAGAGGCAUCCAACCGCGAAGGUUGACCCAAAGGAGGCCCCAUGCAGGAAUGGAGCUUUCCUGGCACGGUGGGAACCAGGGUCCUGAAUCCCCAGGUCCACAUACUUGAGAACAAGACCAAGAACUUGCUCAGUGACUUUACUCGAGUCCACAGGAGUCAGGGAAAGAGCUGUAAGGGCCAAAGGCCCCAGAGAAUAGUCCUGAGUGAAGUGGUAGAAGGCAGGGGAGGGCCUCGCCAAUUCUGGUAAGACCAUUCCCAAAAGGCCAGGUUUUGCAGAGAUCUGAGAACAGAGUGAAGCCAGAAAACAAGCUUUCUAGGUGGAGAGAAGAACCAACGGGAGGGUUCUGAGGAAGCUUAACAGCGAGGAAGCUGGAGCUGAAAAGACCAGGGCAGAGUGGUCUGUGAUGGAGAACUGGCUGGCCUGAUCAUGCAAAACCUUUUAGCUCAAGAUGACAACGGCAACGCGACACGAAGUCCUUGGCCUCUACCGCAGAAUCUUCAGGCUUGCGAGAAAAUGGCAGGCGGCGUCAGGGCAGUUGGAAGACACCAUUAAAGAAAAGCAGUACAUAUUAAAUGAAGCCAGAACAUUGUUCCAGAAAAACAAAAAUCUCACAGACACAGACCUGAUUAAACAGUGUAUAGAUGAAUGCACAGCCAGGAUUGAAAUCGGACUGCAUUAUCAGAUUCCUUACCCAAGGCCAAUUCAUCUGCCACCAAUGGGACUUACCCCAUUACGAGGUCGGGGACUUCGAAGCCAGGAAAAACUGAGGAAACUUUCCAAGCCAGUGUAUCUCAAGUCUCAUGAUGAAGUUUCUUAAUCCAGAAGAAAAUUUAUUU